AUGGCGCUUAUCCGGAUCGCAAGCGUCAUCCUGGCUCUGCUCAGCCUGGCGCUGCUGGUGGAGGCCCUGGUCUCAGACAACUGGGUGAAGGUUAAUGAAGCAGAGGGGAGGCAUUUUGGGUUGUGGAAGAGAUGUGUGUCGCAGAUUUGCAUCUUGCAUCUAACCAGAGUACCAGGUUUCUUCCACACCAUCAGGUUUUUCAUGAUCCUGGCCAUGUUCGCUGGGUUUCUCUCCUUCUUUGCUCUCAUCGCCUCCUUCUUUUGCUCCCACUUUCGCUCCGUGUCCCUGAUCCUGGUCUCCACCAUGGGCAGCUUCAGUGCAGGACUCUGUGCCAUGAUCGCGCUGGUCGUGUUCGCCAAUACUGAUUGCCAGCUUGUCAUGCCAGGAAUGCUCUCCUACAGUUGGUCCUACGGCCUGGGCUGGCUGUCCUUCUUCCUGUAUCUUGGAACUGGUGCGGUAACGCUGCUCACCCCGGGAUCCUCCUACAGCCGAGUGUGA